UUUUACUUAGUCUACUUCCACCGACUAACUGUGUUUCAGUUCCAUUCUGUUUAUUUUACAUUUCUUAUAUCUAUUUAUCUAUUUAUCUAUUUAUUUUUCUAUUUAUUUAUUUAUUUAUUUUCGAUGCGUCUUUUCGGAGGUUGUUUACAAACACUUCGGCUGCUUCCUGAUUCGGCAAAACGUAAACACGCGUGUUUUUGAUUCUGAUUUUGAUUUUGAUUUUGAUUUUGCUCCAGGCCACAAGAAAGAGAAGAUUUGGCUUCAACCUCUUCACCACCACCACAGCAUCACAAUGACCUCUCCCGAGACAGCCCCAGCACACAACAAUGCUGCUUUCAAGACCAGAAGCGUCCUCACAGACAGUGCUUCCUCCAACUCGUUGACCACUCCCAGCUCACUCUCCAAUCCUCCAAACACAGGCACCACAACUGGUAAGAAAACCGAAAAACAUACCAAAAUAUCUGAUUUUGGCGAGUCUGAAAACAGACCUGAAAACAGCCUCGAAAGUGCAGAGAAAACACAUAAUAAAAGACCACCUUCCACCCCUUUGACUCCCAGCUUGGUGAAACAGAAUAUGCUCAAGAAGAACAAGUUUGACCACGAAAUUUUGUCCAACUCAAAAAAAAAUCUUAAGUCCAUCAUGAUGCUAAUGAAAAUAGACGAGGCCGAAAACUCUUCCAACUCUUCCAAUUCUUCCAAUUCUUCUAAUUCUUCCUCAGCAUCUUCCUCAAGCAAGUCAACUCCCAGGCAGUUAUUGCACUCUCAAGCCAAUGAGGACCAGCACGAAUUGAAAUUGGUCAUGGAACAAGAAAGAAUCGAUAAAAGAAACUCCUCGAUGGGCGAUGAUGACUUAGAUCUUCUAAAUAGUAAAAAUUUAAUCAAUCCAUUGAAUAAAAUAAGUAAGCCUAGAAAUAAGAGCAGAAACAGCAGCGAUCUUUACAAUAGCGAUAUGAAUAUUCGCGAAAUUAAAAAAUCACAAAGAUAUCUUGGAAAUGGUAUCAAUGACAAUAAUAACAUUGGUAGCAAUAAAGAUAAUAACCAGAACGAUGAAAACUAUGAUGAAGACGAUAGCUCGAUGAUAUCCAAACACAACAUGACAUCGUCUACUCUAGAAUUUGAAGAAGAAUAUCAGCCAAUAAUAUUCAGUCAAAAACUAAAUGGUGAUAGCGAUAGAAAAAAUAUACUAGAUAAGAAAACUUAUGAUAAAGAGAUGUAUUACGAUGAGUUUAUUUAUGAUAAAGAUAAUAGUAUUUAUAACAAUAAUAAUGACAAUGAAAAUUAUGAUAUAAGUUUUAAUUUGAAUGAUCUUGAUUUUUAUAAUCAGCAAAUGGAGUUUAAAAUCGAUAAAAUCAAUGACGAAAUAGAUAUAUUAUCCAGAGAUAACAAAAUUCGAAAAAUGCAAAAUGUGAUAGAGUUUUUAACUUUGGAAAGAAAUUUUGACAACUUGUAGUUGUGACUGGGUAACAUUUUUUUUAUUUAAUUCAUUUCACUUCAUUCUUUUUAUAUAAUUUCAACAUGUUUUCUUAUUUUAUUUUAUUUUAUUUUCUUUUCUUUUUCUAUUCUCUUUUUCUAUUUUAUUCUCUUAUUCUUAUUCUUAUUUUUUGCUUUAAUUUUCGUGUUAACAAUAAAAUUUCAAACUUUGGAC